UCUUAAUUGUUUUCUUCUCAAUGUCUUUCUUUUUUCGUAUAAUUUUAAUUUGAAUUUCUAUACAUUAUUACAAGCCGGCAAGUUGAACGAUUUCCGCUCACCGGCCUUCUAGUCAGAGGCAAUGGCAGCCGGUUGCCCGUAUAGCUCGUGAUGGACCCUUCCAUAGUAAAGCUCCUUGAAGAAGACGAGGACGAGUCUACGCAUUCUGGAGCUGACGUUGAGGCUUUCCAGGCUGCGUUGAAUCGAGAUAUUGAAGGCGAUGCGCCGACUUCUCAGCAUUCUGGUUCAUGUACUGCAUCUUUAUCUCAAGGAAGCAAUCCUGCAUCAUGGCCGAUCCCUGGGCAAGACGGAAACAUCAACUUCCAAAAUCAACAAGUCCUUCAAAGUUCACAGCAGCAACAUCAGACUUCAUCUGAGAUGGAGCAAAAGCAAGGGGGAGCUGCUGUUACGGGGAGUCAGCAACAAGUACAACUGCAAAAUGAUGUUCAGCUGGAACAUAAUCGUCUACUACCGCCACAAAAACAACUCCAAGAUGUUCGUCAACAAGGAGUAACUGAACAAAUUCCUCCCCAGGUUUCUCAAACGACUGGGAUUCAGACUACUGAAAAAAGUCCUACCCCACUUGAACCUGAGAGAACCAGUAAUAAAGAAAGUGAAUCACAAUAUGCAAAAUUACAGAAGAUGAGUAAUCUACAGUCCAGUGGAGCAGCGCAUCCAAAUAAUCCCGUGAAUCGAGGAAAACAAGUUCCAUUUGCCGUGUUGUUGCCUGCCUUAUCGCCCCAACUUGAUAAAGACAGAGCCAUGCAGCUUCAUACUCUGUAUGAUAAACUAAAGAAAAAUGAAAUUGCAAAAGACGGAUUUGUCAGGCACAUGAGAGAUAUUGUAGGAGACCAGAUGCUGAGGUUGGCAGUUAACAAGUUACAAGCGCAGAUGAGAUCCAAUCAGUCCCCGCUACAGUCCCAUGCUGGAGCACGACCAAAUACUCCCCGGAUGCCAUCUGUUGGUGGUGCCACACAAUUCGCUGGACCACAUUCAUUAACUCAGCUGCACCAAAAGAGUCCUAAUUCUCCUGCAAAUUCAACUCAUGUCCCUUCUCCAGCAGUCCCCAUUCAGAUUAAUUCAAGUUAUUUUCCCGGUGAAAACAAGGCUCAAAAGUCUCAAGAGAUUGAUCGCCAAUCAGACUCUCGCUUUGGAAUGCUAGGUAGUCAAAUUUCAUCCUCCGGUUCAACCACUUUGAAUCAAGAAGGUGGUCGUUCUUCAAUUCCGCCGCAAGGAAUUAACAAGCAACAGCAUUUGAAUUUUCCACAAAAUUCAUUCUCCAUGUUCGGGAGUAAUAGUUAUCACACAUAUUCUGGGCCAAAUGUUAAUACGUCAGGUUCGACUCUAAAGCCGCAAUCUCAUGAUUCACAAAUGAGGCAAAUCACACCUCACCAAAGCAUGGGAUCAAAUCCUGUUGGAGGAUCAACCCAGACAAUGAACAUGAUGAGUGGACCUAAACUUGAGAGGCAGAACUCUAGUAAUGACCCAAAUAGAUUGCAGGACGCACCUCUCUCUCACUUUUCAGGUGGUUCAGCUCCUUGGCAAACCUCACUAAGUAAGGAGCUGAAUCCCAGCCCUUUGUCAUCAGCAGCAUAUGUGAAACAGGAAUCUGUUGAUCAAGGUGCUGGCCAGCACAGACCUCAUUUGUCUGCCAUCCAGGGAGCGUCGAAUACACUAGGAAAUACUCCAAAUGAUGAGCCUGGAGAGAAGCAAUCUUCCAGAGUUGGCUUCUCAACACCUUCCAUCACAGCACAAAUGGAUUCUAAUGUACCAUUGGGGUCUAGAAAUCCAUCUGUGCCUGCUCCAGUUGGGGUCAAUGCGAGACCCCCGCAAAAAAAGCCUUCUCUAGGCCAGAAAAAACCACUGGAAGCCCUUGGUUCAUCUCCACCACCUUCAAGCAAGAAGCAAAAAGUUUCUGGAGCAUUUUCAGACCAGAGCAUUGAACAACUAAAUGAUGUCACUGCUGUUAGUGGAGUCAAUCUCAGGGAAGAAGAAGAGCAACUAUUAUCUGGCCCCAAGGAUGAGAGUCAAGUUUCAGAAGCAUCUAGAAAGGUUGUGCAAGAGGAAGAAGAAAGACUUUUUUUGAAGAAAACCCCUUUGCAGAAGAAAUUGGCCGAAAUUAUGGCCAAAAGUGGUUUGAAGAAUAUAAGCAACGAUGUGGAACAAUGUUUGUCCCUGAGUGUGGAGGAAAGAAUGCGGGGGCUUAUAUGCAAUUUAAUCAGAUUGUCGAAACAGCGUGUUGAUGUUGAGAAGCCUAGGCACCGUACACUUAUCACAUCAGAUGUCCGUCAGCAAAUUAUGAUGAUGAACCAGAAUGCUAGGGGAGAAUGGGAGAAAAAGCAGGCUGAGGUGGAGAAGCUCCGAAAUCUUAAUGAACCUGUGGCAGAGAAUGCUGUUGAUGGUGACAAGGAGACCGAUGAAAGUCGAGCAAAAGUUGUGAAGGUAAACAAGGAUGAGGAUGACAAAAAUAGGACCACUGCUGCAAAUGUCGCUGCACGCGCUGCUUAUGGAGGGGAUGACAUGCUGUCAAAAUGGCAACUUAUGGCUGAGCAAGCUCGCCAGAAACGUGAGGGGGGAACUGAUGCAACAUCUGGUUCACAAGAAGGUAAAGAUGUGAACCGCAGGGUUUCAUCUGUAUCUGGGAAGAGUACAAAGGACAAUCAAGAAUCUGAAAAAAGGGGUCCACGCAGUCCUCAUGCAUCUGGGGGAAGCAAGAAGUUUGGCCGGAAACAGGGGGUGAUUCUCACACCCAAUACAAGAGUGGCGCGUACUAUUUCGGUUAAGGAUGUGAUUGCAGCUCUGGAAAGAGAGCCCCAAAUGUCUAGGUCUACACUUAUCUAUAGCUUGUACGAAAAAACCUGUCCUGAUUCUAAAACCGAGUGAUUAUUAAGCACCUUUAUACUUGGGUGUUCCAUGUUUCCCAUUAAGUAUAAUGGAAUUUAAGAUGUCCAUGACUGCUUCUUUAGUUUAACAUUAAUUUAGAAGUUUUUUUUAUAAAAAAAACAGCUUGAUAAUUGGAAAUUUCAGGGUUUUAAGUGCAGUA